AUGACGGACAGUGGUAAUCGUUCGGCGUUGCUGCCACCGGGAUCAACUGGGGACGAGGACCUGGAGAAAUGGAUCACUCUCGUGGAAUGGAUGACCAGUAAUGGCGGCUACCUGCACGAAAGUGUUCAGAUCGCCAAAGACGAACAACGAGGUGUCCAUUUCAAUGUCAAGAAAGACUGGAAAGAUGGUGUCGCAAAGGACACGCAUAUCAUCAAGAUCCCAGUAGCUGCAACCAUGUCAUACCUCAACGUGGUCGAGCAUCCUCUUCCCACCGACAAGCAAGGCAAUGGGACGGCCACUUUCUCUGUUCAUGGUGUGCAGCUUCCGCGCGAUUUCGUCGAUGCUGUUGGGCCCCAUGAGUCUUCUAUUUUCUUCUUGAUUGGUCAGUAUCUGAGGGGCUCAGAAGGGUUCUGGUUCCCGUAUAUUCGAACGCUUCCUCAGCCACUCUCCCUGACUACGCCGUUGUAUUAUGAGGGGGAUGAUCUGCGGUGGUUGGACGGGACGAGCCUGGCGCCGGCUAGAGAGCAGAGAAUGGGGGUAUGGAAGGAGAAGUACGAGAAUGGGAUUGCUGAGCUUCGGAAGGCGGGCUUCCAGGAUGUUGUUCGGUACACAUGGGACCUCUAUCUCUGGUCUUCGUCCAUUCUCGUGUCGCGGGCGUUUUCAGCCAAGGUGCUUGCCGAGGCAGUUACUGAUGUGGAGCUGCCUGAAGAUGGUGUGUCAGUGCUCCUGCCCUGCAUUGACUUGAUGAACCAUCGGCCUCUUGCAAAGGUAGAAUGGCGUGCUGGGAAGCAAGAUGUAGCCUUUGUUGUGCUGGAAGACGUUGCCUCUGGGCAGGAAAUCUCGAAUAAUUACGGGCCUCGCAAUAACGAACAGUUGAUGAUGAACUAUGGCUUUUGCCUUCCAGACAAUCCAUGCGACUAUCGGAUCGUCAGCUUGCGAGAACCUCCAGGUAGCCCUCUCGACCAAGCCAGAUCCUAUCAGCAACAAAUGUAUCCCGAGCGACCCAGGGCCACAGAGAAUCAUUACUACGUGUUCAAUAUCUUCUAUCCUCUUCUCGCACCAGACACUGCCAUGGAACAUUCGAUCUUCUCGCCAGCCCUUUUCAAUGCCGUUUCCGUACUUGGCGCGAAUAACAGGGAGCUAGAGACCCUUGAAAUCACCGAGCAGGACAUCCGAAUCUCAGAUGCAUAUGGCAACUCGCGGACGAUUCUAGCCGCUCUCAGUCAGAUAAUCAUUGAAUUAAUCACACACAUUGUGAAGUUGAGGUCUUCAUCGGAAGGCCUGGGAAAUCCCGAAAACAUCAAACAGACACAUGCGAAGAUCUACCGUGACAGUCAGAUCCGCUUGUCCGAGACAGCUCUCGUUAUUGCUGCCUGGACGCUCAACCGCGCACGGCAACAUGAUUACGAUGGAAGCUGGGAAGCUACCAAGCGUUUGCUUAGCGCUCAUAUGGCUCGUUUACCUGCGAAGAAUUUCUCCGACGAGGUCAAGUCCCGUAUACAAGUCAGAAUUCUUGAACGGAAAUCGCUCCUUGCGAACAACGGCGAACUUUUUACCUUGAAAGAACUGUCCAGCGUCCUUCCUGCUGAGAUACAACGGCCUUGCAAAGUGUUCUUCCAAGAGGUCUUGAGAAACUCUGAAGAGACAAUACCAGUGCUAGAAGGAAGCGACGAGGAUUCGCCUUUUGCCUUCCCAAUGUUCUUGUGUUUCGUGGUUGCCACUCACAAGAACACAUCGGCUGAUAAAUCACAACUUUCCGCAAGACUGUCUAAAUGGGCUAGCUUUCUGCUUGAGAAGUAUCCACCGCCCCCAGAAGAUGUGGCAUGGAUGCUGGAGGAUGAAGAAGAUGAAAAGAUGGUCAGCUUGUUCGACGACAUGCUCGACCAGAUGAGAGAUCAGAAUCCAGACAUCUUCUCGAAUCUAGCUUCGUUCACCGGAGACUGGAAAACGGACAACUGGUGGCUCUCUCCGAACUGGUUGCGAUGGGCCUGGAUGGCUACAGAGGAGGAAUGUGUGCAGGCGCCUGAAGAUCCCUUGGCCUUGUUACGACUAGGAGGACCAGGUCAAGGCUCGGUGAUGCUGUCUACAGUGACGUAUCUGUAUAUUCCGCAGUAG